AUUUAUAUCUGUGAGAUGUGUAAGUGGGAGGUAUGAGUCAGGCUGGUGGUCCUCUUGCAGAACAGGUCUUGGUCUUUGAAUCAGUCAGUCUUUCUCUCAAAGUCUCACAGGGUGACAAAUCUCCUGCUUAGUUGGAUAAAUGCACAGUUGAGGACUCUCUAAACAUCAGGGGUCAUUUUGAGUGUUUGUAAAGGUUUGCUGGAAAUGGAGAAGAGUAGAGACAUUGUACUUGGCAUUGAGGAUGAAUCUGGUCAGCCGGUAUCUGCACUGUCCAUCCUGUCUCUUUUGGAACGUGUCUCCACUAUCAUUGAUGGUGUGCAGGCGAGCCAGCAACGAAUGGAAGAACGGCAACAUCAGCUUGAGACUUCUGUUGCUACAGUCCAAUCAGAGCUGCUCAAACUGGUUCAGAACCAUGGUGCCACAGCAACAACUGUGGACAAGCUGCUCCAGAAGGCCCGACGUGUGAGCGCUCAUGUGAAGGAGGUGCGUUCACGUGUGGAGAAGCAGAAUGUCCGUGUAAAAAAAGUGGAGACUACACAAGAUGAACUUCUCACCAGGAACAAGUUCAGAGUGGUCAUCUACCAGGGCGAGGCUGAAGUUCCAUCAGUUGCUGUUACAAAAACCCCUAAGGAUGCCGGGUUGGCCAAUAUUGAGGUGGAGCCAGAUGAAUAUGAAAUCCCUGUAGACCUCUCAUCUGAUGAGGAGAAUAUGGUGGUGGAAGAGGCAGAGUCAUCAAGGGCGGCACGGCUGAGGCAGACAGGCAUGAAAGGGAUAGAUAACAUCCGAGCGGCUUUCUCCAAGGAGAACAUGAAUAAGACUAAGGAGAGCCUAAGUAAGACAGGCCAGAGUUUGGGCACCAAGUUCAACACCCUGGGUGAGAAGAUCAUUCCUCAUGAACAGCGGGAGAAGAUGCGUCAGAGUGGCGAGAGGCUGAAGGAGAACAUUUCCAAGAAAGCUCCUAACAAAGAGUCCUUUCGCAUCAAACUCAAGAAAGAACGAGCUGUUGCUGAGGGCCAGGAAGGGGCUGAAGCAGAGCCUGCUGUGACUCCACCAAAAGGCAGGAAGACUAGCCCAGAAGUCACCUACACAGAGGUUGUUACAGAAUUCAAACGGGAAGGGCCUGUAUCCGAGGAACAAGCCACCCGGAUUCCAGAGGAAGGAAAGAGUGGGUUGGCCAUAGAAACACCAGAGAAGUGAAGAAAAUAUUGGAGAGGGAGAGCGUGAGAGGAAAAAAACAGGCAGUAUGUGGAUUAUAUAUGCUUGAGUAGAAAAAGCACUAAAAUUUCAGAACAGUUGUCUCACAUAUCUGAAAACACUAGUUAUAGGGCCAUAUCCUUUAUUUAUUUAUAUAUUUAACAAUUCUUAAUUGGGAACAUUAGAUACUUUUAUAGAUCAGCACCUUUAUAAACUGUGUAUGUGUGUCAUCAGUUGCAUGUGCAUUUGGGGAAAUAUUUGACAUGUAUUCUAAAAAAAGAUAAUUGAAAUAAAUGAACAGCUGUGCA